AUGAUGAUGCAUCAGCAAGUUGGUAACAGACGCGGUGCAAACUCAUAUGCACCUCCUUUUCUUCCUAUGCUACAUUAUCAACCUCAGGUUCUUCCUCUUUCUGGGUAUAACUACCAGCCAUAUGUUGGUGGAUACCAUCCUUUUGUGCACCAAACUACGCCUCAACCGCCAUACUAUGCUACCACAUUUUAUAAUCCUGUAGAACCAGAUUACUUUGGCGCUUUCGGAACUUGUCCUUCUGUUGAACCUCAGUUUUCUUGUCAUGCUCCGAGCAUUAUGCCAAAUAUGGGAUCUCAUUCUUUGAAUUCAAGGGAUGCAGUAGCCUCAUUAAGGGGUGAUAUUAUGAAGCAGAUAGAGUACUAUUUUAGUGAUGAAAAUUUGAAUAAGCCUGACCGUUACCUGAUUUCGUUGAUGGAUGACAAAGGGUGGGUUCCAGUACCUAUCAUUGCCGGGUUUCAUAGGGUUAAAGCAAUGUGUAAAUCUGUAACCUUCAUUCUUGAGUCGCUGUUAGACUCGAGUAUAGUAGAAGUCCGAGGUAACAGGAUAAGAAGACGUGAUGUGUGGUCAAAGUACGUGGAUUUCAUCAGCUAA